AUGUCCGCCGAAGAAGAAGAAGAAGAAAUGGGUGGAAAUGUUGUCGUUGAAGUGCCGCAAACGUCUCGCAAAAUCGUUUUCGCCUGUCGCUACGACCAGUGGCACACACAUUUCAAACGCUGGACGUUUCCGUCGGUAACCAUCUCGCCUUUACUCGAUUCGGACGUCUUGUUUUUGCUCAAGGAUGAAGUAAGAGUCGAGGAGAAGAAUAAAGCGGCGAUGCCAGCGAGGACGAGGGUAGAUGUGUACGAUCGAUUGGCGAUAGACAGCGCGUUCGAUGAAGACGACGAGUUGUUUAUUACGGACACUAAUGAUACUAAUAAAAGUCCAAGCGAGAGUUUGUUAACAGCCAUCGCGAAAGCGAUAAAACAGUUGGGAGGAAGCGCGCAUCCGAAACUGACUUGGUCGGCACCAACCGACGCGAUAUGGUUGACGCAGUUCAGCACGAAAUGUUUAAACGCGGACGAAGUGAUGUUGCUUUUGCAAUCGAGCGAUCGAGUGGCGCACGAUUUAGACGGGAGCGCGUACGCGUGCUGUCGCGAAGACGAGGACGAGGACGAGGACGAGGACGAAGAUAAAGAACGACAUCAACAAGAAUUUCAUAGUUUAACUUUACGGAAACACUCGGUGUCGCUGGAGUUAUCGAGAGAAUUUAGAGUGUUCGUGGUGAAUGGAACCAUCACGGGCGUCUCGCAGAGAGACGUGACGUCGUUUUAUCCGUUCUUAGUGAACGAGAAGAGUAAAAUCGGGUGGACGAUUGAACGCUUUUGGAAAGACGAGAUACGGCCGUCAGCGUGGCACAGGAAGAUUUGCGGCGAUGGGAGCGUAGCGUCGACGGAGAAAAGAAAUGCGUUUUCGAAUAAAAACGGGUAUUGCAUGGAUGUGGUGCUUUCCAACGAUAACGAGAAAGUGCGCUUCAUAAUCGAUUUCAAUCCGUUCGGCGGCGCGACGUUACCUUUACUGUUUUCCUACGACGAACUCUCCAACGACGACGGCAACGAAAUCGCGUUUGAAGUGAGGGUCGUUGAGACGCAAGGUAAAGUUUUGCCGUCGAAAGGGUUUGGCGUGCCGUUUGAUUUAGUCGAUACGAGCGAACAUUCAGCCAUCGCGGAGUUUAUCAAAAAGCAACAGGAAAAACAACAUCAAUAA